UGUUUGAUUACUAUAUCAAUGUAAGAACUAUCUAAAAGUUUUUGUUAAUAAGGUUAGUCUAAUUAAUAAGGUUAUUAUAAUAUGAAAAUUUAAAAAUUUUAAAACAAUAUCAAUUAAGGUUUUAUUUAUUAUGAUUAAAACAUUUAAAAUAUUUCAAAAAAUAAUUGUUUUUAAAUACGUAAUAAAAAAUAUUACACUUACAUAUCAAAGAUCACUUUUCUAUUAUGUUAUUAUAUACUAUAAUAUUUAAAUGUAUUCUAAAGUAGAAAAUAUAUAACUUCUACACAUAUCAUAUGGCAAAAAAAUUGUCAUAAAGAUUAAAAUAGAUUAAAAUAACUAAAAAACAUGAGUUUGCAAUGGACUUUAAUAGCUGGAUUUUUAUAUGUUGAAAUUUUAGUAGUUUUAUUACUAUUAUUACCAAUUAUUUCACCUUUAACAUGGCAAAGGUUUUUUAAAUCUAAAUUUUUAAAAAGAUUAACUAACCAAGGCACGUUUUUUUUUUUACUUUUACUUGGAAUAUUAGUUUUGUUUUUAUUAGAUGCUAUUAGAGAAAUGCGAAAAUAUUCUACAAAUAUUGAACAUAAAGACUAUCAUUUGGAUACUGAAAUGCAAGGUAAUAUGAGAUUAUUUAGAGCGCAACGAAACUUUUAUAUAUGUGGUUUUGCAUUGUUUUUAAGUCUUGUUAUACGACGUCUUGUUACUUUAAUUUCUGCACAAGCUAUUUUAUUAGCACAAAAUGAAGCAGCUAUGCGACAAGCUCAAUCUGCAACUACAACAGCAAAACAUUUAUUAUCACAAAAAGCAGAAAAUGCACAGAAUGACUUUAAUGAAGCUCACAAUGAAGAGAUAGUAGAAUGGAAAAAUCAAAUUAAAGAAUUACAAACAAAAAAUAAGGAAUUAGAAGAUCAAGUUAUAAAAGAAAAGAAAGAUAAAGAAACUAUUAAAUCUCAAGCUGAAUCUCUUGCUAAAGAAUAUGAUCGAUUGAAUGAUGAACAUAGCAAGUGUCUUCAAUCAAGCGGUGAUAAGAAAAGUGAUUAAAUGAUAUUUAAUUUUUUGUUUUUCUCUUAAUCUUUGUCAUUUAUUAUUUUAUUAUAUGAAAUUUUGUUGCAAUUCAUAUUUAAUAUUAUAUAAUAUUAUGUUAUAAUUAGGUUUAAUAUUAUAUAAUAUGUACUCAAUAGAUAAUAAGAUAAAUAAAUUAUUAAACUUUUAUCUUUAAAUUAUUCUAUGUUAUAAGAUUAUAUAUAAUUUGUAUGAUAUAUAUAUUAAAAUAUAUUUUUUUGAAAAUAUAAUAAAA